AUGUGCUACACUAUAUAUCUUAUAAAUCGAUAUCUAUCUAUCAUAAACCAGUGGUCAUCUAUCUAUCUAUCUAUCUAUCUAUCUAUCUAUCUAUCUAUCUAUCACAGUCAAGUCGCUAACACAGGUUAUCUAUCUAUCUAUCUAUUUAUCUAUCUAUCUAUCUAUCUGUCACAGUCAAGUCGCUAUCUAGCCAUCUAUCACACUCAAGAAGCUAUCUAUCUAUCUACCUAUCUAUCUAUCACAAUCAAGUCACUAACACAGGUUAUCUAUCUAUCUAUCUAUCUAUCUGUCUGUCUGUCUGUCACAUUGAAGUCGCUAUCUAGCCAUCUAUCACACUCAAGAAGCUAUCUGUUUAUCUAUCUAUCACUGUCAAGUCGCUAUCACAGUCUAUCUAUCUCUCUAUUACAAUCUAGUUAUCUAUCUGUUUCUCUCUCAAUCUAUCAUAUUCUAUCGCUAUCUAUCUAUCUAUCUAUCAUAGUCUAG